AUGAGGGACCUAGAAGGCUUCGACGAUGACGGCACUGACGAAAGAUCCUGCCGGCUAGUUCCGAAGAUGGAGUGGGGAAAACCCGAAGAUGAUGCCGGAGGCGAUGCAGCUGGAGCACGAGACGAAGGCGCCACAGGCGAAUCCGACAGCGGCGGUAGGAGAGGGGAUCAGAGUUGUAGUAGUGUGGAGUGGAGGAGAGGCAUCGUUGAUGGUUGGGAGGGGAAAAAGAGGUUGCGUCGUUGUGGGCAAAAUAGGAAACACGCGUGCCCUUAUUUUUUCAGAUGCAAUCACAUGUCUGAGAAAUUAAGAGGUGUUUUUUUAAUUUAA